AAGAACCCAGAAAAAUUGGGCAUUCCUGAAAAGACUAUGCAACGUGCGAAAAGUAAUGCAAAUUUACGCAAUCGAGAACCAGGUAUCUUUAAAAUUCUCUUAUUAGGUGGAACAGGAACAGGAAAAUCUACCAUCAUCAAUACGGUGACAAAUUACUUCAAGGGUGGUACUCUUGAUAAUCCUAAAAUUGUCAUCCCCACAAAGUAUUUUGAUGUUACUGAAAUGGAGUAUAAUGAUAAACACACAGAAGCGAAGGUUGAUGAUGUAACAAAGAGUCAAACUACAAAGUGCAGCACCUACAAGUUUAAUCAUCCUGAUGAUCCUUCCUAUAAAUUUAUCUUUUAUGACACUCCUGGAUUGAGUGACACGAAUGGG